AUGCGCGCAGGACAUCUUAUUGCAAUUGCUGGCUUUGUGACCGUCGUCUUUGCGACGUUCCCGUCCAAGCUCGUCCCCAGCAAGAGAGCCGUCUCACUUGGUCGACGCUCGCUGUGGAAAAGGGAUAUUGUCCCCAAGGAUGUGGUCGUCCUUGACUACGCCGCGACACCGUAUCAUCCGCCAUCCGCCAUCGUCACCCUAUUCGCCCAUGAUGACAGGCCAAUUCUCUUGGUCGACGACUUCAACUAUCUUCUUAGCGGUCUGUCGUGCCACAAAGCGUACUUCGACAAGCUGGAAGACGUUAUCACCCUUGAUUUUGCGGACGAGGACGCUUUUGAGCUCGCUGUGGUGGAGUGGACUGCGCUGCAAGAUUUAUCUGUGAUUACAGCUCAUCCGGAUUGCAAUUCGAUUGAUGAGCAUGGCAUUUGGUUCGCGUCUGCGGUCAUUCCGGACUCGUUGAGGUCGCGUCUGACCUUAGUGGUCGAGCCAGCACUUAUGCGCAAUAUCGUCAAGUCUUUUGGAGUGAAGUAUGACCACAACAGCGCUCGGUCUUGGGCCGCCCGGGAUGUCCUCGGCUUGUCUCGCCGCGACGAGCAUGGGUUUGACGAGUCAUUCAACUUUGGAUAUAACCCAGACAUCGAUGCUCGCCUUCCAUUGUUCCCGCCAAACACAACGCUGGACGAUACCGUCGCAGAAUCAGUUAUCAGCCAGCUCACAGACGCCCAGGUCGAGCUGACGUGCGUCGGCUGCACGUUCACCACGAACGUCACCAUCGGCAUGGACUUCCAGAUUGACAUCGCCAACGCGUCAUGCGCCACCUCUUCCCAGAACUGUUUCACGCUCAAUAACGCGGCUAUGAACUUGACGAUAGAGCAGUUCGAACAGCAUGCUGCGCUGGAAGUGUUCAUCGGGGACGAGGUCCAGGCUGGCGCGGAUUAUAAGAUACUCUGGAUUCCCGUGGCUCCUGCCUUGAACGUCCCCUCUCUGAUUGACCUCGGCCCUGCAAUUGGCAUUGAAAUUGCGUUCGAGCUCGAUAUUACAAGCAGCAUUAAUUUUACCUUCGGCGCUACUGGCCACGUUCCAAGCGGCGCUUUUGCAUCCGUUAGCUUGGUGAACUCAACUGGAGAUUGGGAUCCUACUGUCUCUGCGACAGGAUGGGAUGGUUCUGGCAUCGAUCAGAUCCCUUUCCGAGUCAACGCGGGAGACUUUAACAUUUCGACUAGCAUGGCAUUUGCGCCUUACGCCGAGAUCUCGUUUACAAUCCUCGAUGUCGGGGCUGCCCUUCGCUUGGUGCAGAACAUGCCGAAGGUCGGCGUGAACGCCGCGCUACAGGCUAACGUCAAUCGGCAGUGUGAGCCCAUUGGCGCGGACGAUUUUGAGUCUUUCGGCACCGCCUUCGUCGUUGGCUCGGGCAUGACCCUGAGCACCGAGGCAGAACUUAUCCUCGAGAAGGGCGAAUUCGUCGGUCACGGCAUCCCGGACAACUGGGAUUUACAGCUUUGGGGCCGCGACAUCCCCUUCACCCCCGCCCUGGGCAUUAAUACCACUUCAUGCUUCGUCCUUUCCGACGGCGGCAUCUCCGUAAAUACCACCUCCGGCUCUGCCAAAGCCGACCUUCGUGUUGAUGCGGCGCUCGCAGGCCAACCUGCGCCCACCGGUACCCUCCUCGCGGCUCAAUCCGCGAUUCCGACUUGGGAUUUUAACAAGAUUGAGUCAUAUUACUCUGCGAACGGACACCUGCCAACGAACGUCAACUAUGGACAGAUGAUUCAAGCGACCACUGUGCCCUCUAACCUCCAGGCUGCGGUUACGAAGGCCGCCAGCUCCAGCAGUGGCGCUGUCAGGGUGGUUAAUGCAGCUGAAAAUAUGAGCCUAUGGCUCGCUUCCGUUGUUGCUAUGGGUCUUUGUAUUCUUACUUAAAGGGAACAGGUCCCUGAACCUACCACCGCUAGGGCUUAUUUCUUCUAGACUGAGUUAAAUAUGUAUAUCUGUACUGCCAGGUCCUCAUGUAUCUAUUACGAGCGGGCUUGUACCGAGAUAUUCCAUAUUUUGUGUAUGUAGUCGGAGUAGCCAUACGAUGUCAUGGGCUUACCUCAAACGUGGCGACGUGGCGCGUCGAGAGCG